AUGACUUUUGUGACGCAGGGCUCAAUCCCAGAGGUCGUCGAAAAGACCAUUGGCGAGAGCCUGGACGAGAGAACGUCCAUUCUCGAGAACAUCAGCGAUCUGGGUCCCCCAGAUAUGGUGCAUCUGAAGAAACACAACAGCUCUUCCAGUUCUAAACAUCCAUAUUUGGGUACGUUCUUGUACUACACGGGGGCCGACGUGUCGAAUUCUGCCACGAUUGCGGCUCUGUUGAACUCGCUGAGCAACAUCAUUGGCGAGGAGCCGCAAAUCUGGUUCGGGAAAGAAAAACACUGGAAAGUGACCGAGGCAACCUACUGUACCUACAACGUGUUCAGCAAAGUCGAUGUCCGGGUCACGUGCAAGUUCCCGGGCCAGGUGGAGUCGUACAUGAUUGACGGACUGGGGAGCAAAGUGAACGAAACCGAUCGCCUUUGGACUGAGACAUUUGUCAGUGCUGUUGUGCGUGCUUUGAUCAGUGCCGACGCCGACGUGGACGAUUUCACAUCUAUGGUGGAGAUCCGCAAGAUCAACCCGUUUCUCAACAAGGAGUGCGCGUCUUUGUUUGUGAAGGGCUUCGAGGAACUGUAUAACGAGGGCCCUAAACUCGGGUGUUCAGAAGAUCUCCAGGUGCCAACCAGAUGCAACAAUUAUUUGGUGGACGCUUUUGUCAAGUGUAUUCAACUGACGGGUAUGUGGGAGGAAGGAAUUGCUAUCCUCAACAGAAUCACACAGGAAGACCACACGGCUUCGUAUUUGAUUGCCAAACUGUACCUGCUUAACAACCAAGAAAUAAAAGCCGUCAAGGUGAUGUACGAUACUAUCAAGCUUAAUCCGCUGGAUGGCGAGAUGCUCACUCUUCAAGCCCAAUACUGCCUGAAGAAGAAAAGGCUGGAUCUGGCACUUCCAAUUGCCAUCAAGGCGGUCAACAGCACUCCGUCGUACUUCAAGCCGUGGUCAGUUUUGGUGGAGGCAUACAUUCAAAAAGGCGACUAUGAAAAGGCGCUGCUCACACUGAACUCGUGCCCCAUGGUUACUCACAAGGACAAAUUUGUGCUGAAAAGAGUCAACAACCCGCAGCCUGAAGAUCUGCAUCUUCCUCUUCCAAUGGAUGUCACCCUUCCCAAUGUGACCAAUUUGAGCUCGCUGGACAUUGCUGCAGAGCACCAGAAGGUCGACCACAAUCUUCUGAAUCUGGCUGCGGCCAAUUUGAAGUCGACUUUCGCCAAAGCGUAUAAGCUGCUGACAGACAUAGUUUUGGAGACCGGCUGGGAGUCACUUCUGAAAUACCGCACCAAGGUGUUUGUGAUGGAGGACGAGUUCAAGAAGGAAAAUGCACAGCUCAGCCUGGACAGCAGCUCAGGCUCCUCAGAAGCCGCGAACGGGUCUGCUGGAUCGCAGUUCAAAAAGAAGCGUCUUUGCGAAAGAUGGCUCGACAACCUCUUCAUGCUUCUGUACGAGGACUUGAGGACUUACACGAUGUAUCGUGCGCAGGUGAUGCAUUUUGAAGCCCAGCAGCUGGAUCUCGAGAAAACGACGCUGGAAUGGGAGCUUUUGGGACUUGUCUCGGAGCGGCUGGGCCACCAGAGAGAGGCUGCCCAAUGCUACGAGAAGGGCCUUGGCCUGCGUUUUGCUGUGCGCAGCUCCAAAAAGUUACUAGACUAUUACACCGAACAGAAGAAGAAGACGGCAAACCUGGAGGCACUCAACAGGCUGAAUGACCAGAUCCUGGAUCUGGUGGUCAAUUUGAUCGUGUGGUUCCACAGAUGGUACUGCUCAUUCUCGCCCAAGAUGAUCCUUGCCCUGUCGGGUCUGAUCAACGAGGUGGGGCGCACCAAGGUGGAGAACGAGAUCAAGGUCAAGUACAAGAACAACCGCGGUGUGUACGAUCUUACACAAAUGGUGACAAUUGGCAACGCGCACGAUGAUCUGAUUCACGACGCCGUGUUAGACUACUACGGGAAAAGACUGGCGACGUGUUCGUCGGACAAGACGAUUAAGAUCUUUGAAGUGGACGGCGAAAACCACAAGCUGGUGGAGACGCUGAAGGGCCACGACGGGCCUGUUUGGCAGGUCGCGUGGGCCCACCCGAAAUUUGGCGUGAUACUCGCCUCUUGCUCGUACGACGGCAAGGCCCUCAUCUGGAAAGAAGAGAACGGAGUGUGGUCGAACAUCGCAGAGCACGGUGUGCACCAAGCCUCGGUGAACAGCGUUUCGUGGGCGCCAAGCGAGUACGGUGCAGUGCUGCUGUGCACCUCCAGUGACGGUAAGGCCUCUGUGGUGGAGUUCAUGGAAGACGGGUCACAAAAGACAAUGGUGUUCCAGGCACAUGCCAUUGGAGCUAACGCGGGUUCGUGGGCGCCACCACACAAGGACAACAUCAAGGAAAGACGAUUCGUGACUGGCGGAUGCGACGACCUGGUCAAAAUAUGGAAAUUCGACCCGCAAGUCAAUAACUAUGUCGAGGAGGCGGUGCUCACCGGCCACACAGAUUGGGUCAGAGACGUGGCCUGGUCCUCGUCUCUUCUCUCAAAGUCAUACAUUGCAUCUGCGUCACAAGACAGAACUGUUCUGAUAUGGACCAACGACACGGUUGGCGGCACGUCGCCAUGGAAGAAACAGCUCCUGACAGAGGAAAAGUUCCCUGACGUAUGCUGGAGAGCCAGCUGGUCGCUCAGCGGCAACGUGCUUGCCAUCAGUGGUGGAGACAACAAGGUGACGCUAUGGAAGGAGACCCUCUCAGGAAAAUGGGAGUCUGCCGGUGAAGUCGACCAGUAAUCAUACAUAAUAAUCAAGAUGCUAUAAAAGUAUUACUCGGAACCUCACGUUUGGCUCGUCUUCAGGCUCGUCGUCGGGCUGUCCCGGCCGUCGCUGGCGCAGAAGCCGCCACCGGUUCAGCAUGACUAGCAGGAAGAUCGAUGCAAACGCGAUUAGGAAAAAGAUGUCUGCGUUGCCGUUCUCGAAAGUGCUCUCGAAAAUAAAGUUCGAGUCAGGCCCGGCUCUGCUGGGUGCGUUAGCGAGCUGCUCCUGUGCAGAGGUUUCGCGUCUCUCAUCUCUGAGCCUCGUGUACAUCUGCACCCAAUCGUCCCACGUUCUGGUCGUAGGCUGUUGAACGUCCGAAUCUUCAGCGGUUUUCUCGCCAUACCACCAGAUCUUCAGCCACAAACGCAGAAGAGACAGCUGAGCAGCUAAAGAAGGUUUCUGGUUUAUCUCGAACAUCUGGUCAUAGUACCGCUUGGCCAGAUGGAAGUCCUGGCUCAGUCCAAUACCCAUUUCGUACAUGUAGCCGAGAUUGAACCUUGCCUGAAGACUGCCCUUUGCUGACGCAGAAAGGUAGUACGAAAAAGCCGUGUUGUAAUCUGGCUCGAUCGCAUACUCUCCAUUCUCUGACGAGUUUCCGAUCUGUGAGUUUUUGAGCCCGUUGUAGUAGAUAUCUCCAAGAAAGACUCCCGCGUCCAAAUUUUGCUGCUGGUGUGCGCGUCUGUAGUAAUUUAGCGAGCUUUGGAACCGCUCGAACGGAACUCUAGGAGGCUCCUCAAGGUACCCCACAGGCGAGUAAAGAAGAAAUGCCGUGGAUGACUGUGCGGGCUCAAAGCCUUGCUCUGCAGCCAUGGCGUAUCCAAUAAGGGCCUGUUCAUGGUUUCUGUUCAGCAGCUGGUGGAAGGCCCACUGCAAAUCGCAAACCACCGGCUCCAUGUGCUCCACAAAGGCCUUGUAGAACACUAUAAUUCCUUCUUCUUUGCCUGGCUCGUAUUGUAGCUCCUUCAUCUGUGCAGCCUGGUAUUUUGCCUCGGGAACGUUCCUAUAUGCUGCCGUGAUGAGCUGGCCCAGUCCGGCCUCAAAGUCGCUUCUUAUGAGGAUUUUAGCUCGAUGGUAAAGAGCCCUAGCGGACGCAUAACGGGCAGAGUUGUAGAGCUCAAACGCCUGCGCGCGGUGCUCAUCAUCGUCCAUCAAUUCGUAGAGAAGUCCGAGGUCGACGCUGGCUUCUGCCGACUUGGCUAGUUUCACGCCCCUCUCCAGCCAGACUCUGGCACUCUCCAGGUCCAUUUCUGUGCCUUCGCCUCUGAGGUACAUGUGGCCCAGAUCCGAACAGCACUGGCCAACACUCUGGAUGAGAGUCCGCGAAACCGACAAUUUGCGGUCGAUUCUACCUUCCAGCACGUCCUGGACAGGCCUCAGCUGGAUUCCGCGGGUUGCGCAUUCUUGGGCAAUCUCAAAGGCUGUGUUGUAGUCGCGCGGUCUCCAGUAGUUGCCGUCGUAGUAGUAUCGGACGGAGCGUGCUUUGUCUUUGUAGGAAGAGGAUUGGAAAUCAACGUCUGCAAAGUCCUCAUACUCAACCACCUCUUUCAAUGUGGAAGGAACAAUGGGUGUUGUUUCGCUCGCUCCUGAGCCGUACAAGCCCCCUUGGAGGUCGUAAAUGCGGAAGUUGAAGUGAUCAAUGUUGGGUCCGCCGAUUGGCCCGUUCUUGAUAAACUCAAAGCAUUCGUGCGCAACCAUGCCGUAAUAGUACAGAGCCAGUAUCAGGUUCUGUUCCACAGAAAUGCCCUUGUAAUAUCUAUAUGCCAAUGCCAUAGCUGCACGGAUAUCACCCUGGUCCGCGGCAAUCUGGUAGUGAAGCAGCGCUCUGCCUUGGUCCAUGUCCAACUUGCCAAAAAGUCCGGUUGCGUAUAUGAAGCCCAGGAGGUAGUUUGAGGUUGCAUUGGGCGCCAACUGCACCAUUUUCUGAUGGUAAUGUAGUGUCUGUGUUGCGUUCGUUGGCAGCGAGUAGUUGCCAAAUAAAUUGAUCUGGGCCAGGACAUAGGUAGCGUCGGUAUCGUUGUGUUCGUCGGCCAGACGGUGCAGGGAAUCGAGGGCGUACAAUUGGCGUUCUGAGAGCUUCGAGUUCCAGUAUUUUUUCUUCAUGUUGUCUGCCUCAUCGUAGUAGUCCACGUCUAGAGCCAAAUGGACUUGGUCGUCCUGUGCAGGUUUAUAAUCACUCAGAAACCACAGGCUUUCUCGAAGCGCCGGUUCUUCC